AUGGCGCCGCUGUACUUCGCCCUGGGCCUGGGCUACUGCUCGGUGCGGUGGUGGAAGCUCUACACGCGAGACCAGUGGCACAUCGAGACUCCAAGCAUCAUUGAGGGCUCGGUGUUGAUCAUAUCAAGGACGGGGCUUGGACUCCGCAUGUUCAGCAUGGGCCAGUUCAUGGCGCUGCAGGAGAGGAUCAUCGCCUGCGGGCCUAACCUGACCAUGUUGAGCAUGGUACUGAGGGUAACACUUGGGACAUUGCUGUCCCUGCCCGUGUUAAUUCUAUAUAAUAUUACUCUGGGCUUCGUUUGA